AUGACUAUUGUUAGAUUUGAAAAAAUUGUUCUUUCUGGAAACACAGAACAUAAAAAACUUGUUGAAGUUGAACCUGCAGAAAUUAAUCUUGACACUUACCAGGUUCCUCCUAAUAAAAUUUUGAUUAAAUCAGAAGCAUUUGCUCUCAAUCCAGCCGAUUGGAAAUCUGCCGUUUUUAAACAUGGUCCAAAAGGUGCCACGGUUGGCUGUGACGUUUCCGGCACCGUCAUUAAAGUAAGCCCAGAAGCUGCAGACCGAUUUAAAGUUGGUGACUCAGUUUCUGGGAUUUUGCGUGGAUCAUAUUAUCCCAAAGACGUUGGCGCGUUUGCAGGGUAUACUCUUCUUUAUGACUAUACCACUAUCAAUUAUAAUAAAGGUGGGCUUCAAAUUGCAGCAGAUCAUAAUGAUGUGAUUCCUGCUGGUGUUGUACAAUCUUACGAAGGUGCAGCGGCAACCACACUUUCAUUAUUUACAUCUGGUAUUGCUCUUAACAAUUCUCUUGGGUUGGCUAGUCUUAGUCCAGAAUCUUACAAAGAAAAAAAGAUUCUUAUUUGGGGUGGUGCAACUUCUACAGGCUUUGUAGCUAUUCAAUUGGCUAAAAAAAUCUUUGGUCUUACUGUUAUUACUGUUGCCAGAUCUAAACAUCAUGCAAGUCUUAAAGAACGUGGUGCAGACUUUACCUAUGACUAUAAAACCGAAAAUGUUGUUGACAUUAUCCGCAAGGAACACUCAGAUAUCAUCUACGGACUUGAUACUGUUUCCAACAAGGAAACUUUCCAAUCUGUGUAUGAUAUACUUGCCAACAAUUCUCAUAUUGACAAUUUACUGUUUUUGAAAGCCGACGAUAUCAAGACUGAUGCCAACAAGAAUGUUAAGUUUGGCUCCACCUCUGGUUAUGAUAUUAUCAAUGAAGAGAUUGACGCUACUGUGCAGAUUACUCCCAGACAAUCUGCCGUCCGUCGCGAUUUUGAAGAUUUUGUUAACAAAAAGAUUUCACUCCAGUUUUUGCAGCAUGAGUUGUACCAUCCUGAGCUGCUUUUAAUCAAAGACAGUUUCCUUAACUCCGUGGAAGAAGGUCUUGAUUUACUGCGAACCAACAAAGUUUCGGGUCAAAAAGUAGUUAUCCGCGCUUCCGAUGUGUUGGAGAAAUAA